AUGGUUAGUAAGAGUCUAUCAUCUGCUUACGAGGCUGAUCGCACAAGCCUGAGCGAAGUUCAUACAAGGGAAUCGCAUAAAGGUGCUUUGGAGUAUGGUAAGGAUACUAUGAUGACCGAGAGAGGCGGUGAGGUGCAUUUGCGUAAAUCUUUUUCGUUGUGGUCGAUUUUGGGUGUUGGCUUUGGUUUGACUAACUCGUGGUUCGGGAUUUCUGUUUCUAUGGUCACUGGUAUCUUUUCCGGUGGCCCCAUGAUGAUCGUGUACGGUAUCAUUAUUGUUGCAUUGAUCUCUAUCUGUGUUGGUGCUUCACUGGGUGAAUUGUCUUCUGCUUAUCCACACGCUGGUGGUCAAUUUUGGUGGUCUUUGAAAUUGGCUCCUCCAAAACACAAGAGAUUUGCUGCCUAUUUGUGCGGAUCAUUUGCGUAUGCGGGUUCUGUUUUCACUAGUGCUUCCACGACGUUAUCUGCAGCUACCGAAGUGGUUGGUAUGUAUGCUUUAGCCCAUCCCGAUUUUACUCCAAAGAGAUGGCAUGUGUUUGUGUGUUUUGAAAUUAUGCAUUUAUUCCUGACUCUGUUCAACUGUUAUGGUAAAUCUUUACCUUUGAUCUCUGCUUCUGCUUUGUACAUUUCGUUGUUGUCUUUCUUUACAAUUACUGUAACUGUGCUAGCUUGCUCAAGCGGGAAAUUCAAUGAUGCCAAAUUCGUGUUUGCCACAUUUUACAAUGAAACUGGCUGGAAAAAUAGUGGGAUAGCUUUCAUAGUCGGUUUAAUUAACCCUGCUUGGUCUUUCUCCUGCCUGGACUGUGCGACUCACAUGGCUUUUGAAGUUGAGAAACCAGAACGUGUGAUUCCAAUUGCUAUCAUGGGAACUGUCGCCAUUGGUUUUGCAACUUCUUUCUGUUACGUUAUCUCCAUGUUCUUCUCCAUUCGUGAUCUGGACAGUUUAAUGCAAUCUGCCACUGGUGCACCAAUCCUAGAUAUCUACAACCAGGCUUUGGGUAAUACAUCUGGUGCAAUUUUCUUGGGUUGUAUGGUUCUUUUCACCUCGUUUGGAUGUAUUAUCGCAUGUCAUACUUGGCAGGCAAGAUUGGGUUGGUCUUUUGCUAGAGACAAAGGUCUACCUUUCUCCGGUCUUUUGUCUCAGGUUAACCCACAAGUUGGUGUCCCAUUGAACGCACAUUUGAUGUCCUGUGCUUUGAUUUCGUUGAUCGGUUUGUUAUACUUGGCUUCCAGUACCGCUUUCAACUCAUUGUGUACCGGCUGUAUUGCAUUCCUGUUGCUUUCUUACUCUAUCCCAGUGAUCUGUUUAUUGCGUAAGAAACGUCAAAUUAAACACGGCCCAUUCUGGUUUGGUAAACUUGGUUACUUUUUCAACAUUGUCCUUCUGGGCUGGGCAGUCUUCUGUAUCGUGUUCUUCUCUUUCCCACCAGCAUUGCCAGUCACUAAGGAUAACAUGAACUACGUUUCCGUGGUGAUCGUCGGUUUCACUGCUUACGCUUUACUUUACUGGAAAUUCAAGGGUUGCAAGGAGUUCUCUGCCAUUGCUGAAGAAGAGGAAGAGUUGUUGAACAAUGAUGUUGAUCCUAACUCCGUCAGAGACAGCGAACAAUCCAUUGAACCUGAAAUCAUCGAAUUAGGUAACAAGGACAGCAAAAGGAUCUAA